AUGUUGCAUUUACAACCUAGUAAUUUAUUGAUCCAAAAGACAUUCAGUGAGGCUCUUGAAGCCAAUGGUUCAGGUUCACCAUUAACUUUUGAUCGUAUCAUUUCUGACUUCGAUUACACUAACUUUCAUGUAUCAAAUGAUCCAGAAAACAGAGAUUUAUUGUUGUUGAGUGUUAGAACCAAGGCUUGGCAAUCAAUUUUGACAUGUGAUAAUGGAUCUCAGGGUGUGUUACCAUACUUAGCUGCUAAAUAUACCAAAUUACCAGGUAUCACAGUCGCUGGUAGUGCCGAAGCUGGGUUUGAUUAUACUUUGUGUAUUGAUCUUUCCCAAUUGACGUCAGAGACUAUUGUUCAAUUGUCUUUACUUAAGACAAACAUUAUGAGUUAUCCAUUCUUCUUAGCGUUCCAAGAAUUUGCUACAUUGAGUACGAAAAAUCCCACCACAACCACAGUAACCGUUGGUAGAUUCAAUGAAGAGACUGGUAAUGUCUCAUCAAUCGAUGUCUCUAGUACAUUAUAUACCAUCCAAUAUCGUGAUAAUGAAAACAUGUUUAUUAAACCAUCAAAUGAUCGUAUUACUGUAAUUUUUGAAACAUUUUUCCAAGAUGAAACCGAUAAAGUGUUUGGUAAAGUGUUUCUUCAAGAAUUUGUUGAUGCACGUAAGAGAAAUCGUGACAUUCAAAGUGCCCCUCAAGUGAUAUUUUCUACAGAACCACCUUUAGAGUUACAAAAUCAUUUACCAAAAGGUAAUGAAGUAGGUGAUGAAGCAUCUAAACGUUUUAUUACAUUUGUUUUAUUCCCACGUCAUUUUGCCAAUGAGGAGUUACAAUUCAAGACGGUGUCGCAAUUGAUUUUAUUUAGAAAUUAUUUCCAUUAUCAUAUUAAAUGUUCUAAAGCUUAUAUGCAUUCUAGAAUGAGAUAUCGUGUGGACACAUUUGUUAAAGUCUUAAAUAGAGCUAAAGUUGAUGAGGAUGAGGAUGAAAGUGGUGGAAGUAAUUAUGAAACAAAGAGAACCAUCACCGGUAGAAAGAUGGUUUAUUAA